AACACCAGCUGAACAGACACUGCAUGUAGCUGUCUUCUACAAGACCACCUUUGUGACGUCACUGACCGGUCUACCCUUUAAAGUUAACCGUCUGCGUUAGAUCUUAGGACCGGACAGGCACUUUCUGAAGCUGAAGAACAAGAUGGCAGCAUAUACGUUGCAGGUGCUCUCACUCCUGUUUAUAUACGCGACACUUGUCUGGGGUAGAUAUUAUGAAGCCGAGAAACUCGAACGACAAGUAUCAAACAUCCCAGGUAGGAACCCACUGUGCUAUGACAAUGUGACCAACUGUCAGAGCUACAUCGACCAUGAUGACACCAUCUGUAGCUCAGACUCUCCGUUCUUUGGCUGGACCAGCAUGCAUUGCCAGGCCAGUUGUGGUGUCUGUCAAGGUGGACCUACCACUCUACCACCGAUCUGUAUGGAUGAGUUAGAUUACUGCGAUACUUUCGAUAUACCCAAGGCCUGCAGUGACUUCCCCAAGUGGGCCUCCGAAAAAUGUCGACGUACUUGCAAUGUCUGUCAAGGAGGGCCGACGACAACUCCGCCCCUUUGUGUGGACACGUUGAGUACGUGUGGUUCGUUCGAUAUCCCUAAGGCUUGCGAGGCUUUUCCGUCAUGGGCCACAGACAGUUGUAGACACACAUGCAACGUCUGUACUGUGUUAGAACCACCCAAGGUCGGAUCUCCUACUGUAGUAGGACCCACGAUGCUCCCUCUCAUGAGCAGGAAGUGAUGCCAACAUUCCUGUUUAUACUUUAUAUUGUUUGAUCGUUUCAUUAAAAUCUAAAAAGCUGUUU